AUGUCAUCAUUUGCAUGGCAAGUAUAUCUGCCCAACUCCAUACCCUCAUACAUCCCCAAAUCCAAUGGCCACGGCGCUAACGGAAUUGUUCCGCUGAUUCUGCAACCGUCAGCAGCGUCCCUGAAACGAGGAUCAGUGGCUACUGAGUUCUCCAACUCCAAUGACUUCAUCACAUACAUCAUCCCUGACUUCAACGCAGUGCGAUACUUUCAGAAGGAGUUCAUCAAGUCUGGAGAGUUCCACUUGGUUGAAGAAUCGGAGGUCACUGGGUUUGAAAUAUACUUGGUUGAUCAAUGGGUCAAUAAUCGGAACAUAGGGACCGUGGUUACGGUGUACACGGGGAACGAAUCGAAAAUCUUAGUGGUGCGGUUCACCAUCAUUAAGAAACCGUCCAAGUAUUACCCACCACGAUUCCAGGAGUAUUUAAAUGAGUUGAUUCAGAAUCACUCGAGGAUGAAGAAGAUGGAGAACGAACGGAGACCACGAGACGCCAGCAAUGAGGUUUGUUUUGUCACGAAUUUAACUUCCCUUCCUUCAAACCUUAACUUAAUACCCAUCCCCCAUGGAGAUGUCCGCAAAGUCGAAUCAGCAUUCAUCAUCAACUCAAACCUUCGGAAGCUACACUGUACCGGGAGAUCCAUCUCGUUAAUCAGCGAAAAGAUAUCCGAUGCCAGUGAAGGAAAGUUUCGACAAAUGUACAAGAUCUAUAACGUCCCUGUGAAGUUCGCCAGUCGAGAACUAGUCAAUGUCGUGCAAACAUGUUUAUUCUAUUUUGACUUGCUCGAUGCAAGAUACUGUAAUGGAUUGCUAUGUGCCAAGACCGAAGAAGCAAUCAACAAUUGGUGGAACUUAGUCGGACUCCCGCAUUUCAAUAUCAAGCCCAACCGGAAAGAUGGGAUACUCCCAGCCAUGACCGUGGCCGCGAUCAUCAGUCUCAUACUCAGUGUUAGACUCCGAAUUCAAAUAGUGGGUGGGUCAGACGUGCCCAAGGAUCCAUUUGAUUUUGAAAAUUUUAUGAUUGCCAUAGGUCAAUUUCAAAGACAAUACAAACUAGACAAGACGAGAAAGUUGGACAUGGAGACUUUGAAUCGAUUGUUCAAUAUCACCAAUGCGAGACUAUUGCCGGAGAAACACGCAAAUUAUUUCUAUUCUUCUGCCUAUGGUGACAACAGCAUCUAUGACUCUGACUACACUUAUGAAUUUCCUUCGUCUCCGCCCCAGCGGAAAGAAAACUUGCCUAAAAGGUACGGGAAAGAAUUGAAGAAGCUUACUAACGUGGUCAAGACAGUGCAGGGACAUAUUGCCAGCAAAGCCGAUCUAGAUGAGAUACAAACCACGCCGCAGAACUCAACCAGCAGACCAACAACAGGGAGGAUCAUGAAUAAGAUUGCCAAGUUGGCGGAUAUGUCAAGUCCCCUCGAUGUCGAGACUUUGGAUUUGGAGUACUUGGUCAAGAAUUACCUUACUGGUAAGGUGCUAAUACGGUUGUUCUAUGGAGUUCAAAAUGGCGCCACGGCAGAUAAACUAAUUGAGCAGACUGGACUAAAGGAAGCAGAUCAUCAUCAUCACCACCACCAUCAUAUGAGACGACGUGGGAGAUCAAUCACAGACAACACAAACACAAACCUGUAUGUAUUUGAAAGUUUGCGAGAUAAGAUUGCCAAUACACAAGAGUUGGCAUUAGGCGAUUAUCGAUACUCACGAGGAUUCAAUUUCAAGAUGUUUGGUUUACAAAGCAAGCGGAAUUUAGUACCUGAAAGAAAGCGCACCGUUGUUGAACGAACAUUGGAACCAAGCUCCAGGGUAGAUGAACCUAGCACUUCGCUAGUUGAUACUUUUUUACAGAUCGGUGGUGGCGAUACUUCGUCGUAUGCUGAGAGCAUUGGUUCGGGCAAGAAUAAUGUUGUAAAUGGAGGAGGAGGAGGGACUGGUUCAUUGGUGUAUAAUAGCACCACUGAAUUAAACCAUCCUAUCGUUAAGUUCCAGCGGAAUUUAAACCGAAGGAAUUCGUUCCCUUUUAUGUUGGAAAAUGAAGCUAAUUUGAACUCAUUGGUUGUUUCCAAAGUAGAUACCAGGAUAAACUCCGAGAUGGUUGAGAUUGAACGAAAGAGACCUAGGAGUUUUAGUUACUCUUGCGUUGAGACGGUUGCACCGGAUCCACAGAUCAGUACAGUUGCCAAGUUGUCUCAGCGAUACUUGAAGAAUAUCAAUAAGUUGAUGAAGUAUGAGAAUUUACGCAAGUUGUACUUUGAAGAAAAGGACAAGAAAGAGUACGUUACCAAUAAAAGUCUAGAACAUUCUUAUCAGUUGAUGAAUUUAGAAUUGGUAAAGUUGAACAAUUUGCGAGUGCAGAUGGAUUCCCACCGGGCCAAGAUCAUGGAUGAAGGCUUUGCUGAUCAUUUGCAGUACAAUAUGAAUUUGUUGACCACGACAAUCGACCGAUUGGUUUAUGAGACGAGAAUUGUCGUGAAGCGUAUUGAUGAACUUGAGGACAAUUAUCAGUUUUUUGAGAUGAAGAAUGACGAUACGCAAAAGAAGAUGACGAAAGUGAUUGAUAAUCUCAUCCGUCUGACCAAGUUCAAGUUGGUGUAUCCCGAUCCCCAGGAGCGGAAACGGAUCAUUGUCAAGUUGGUAGGUGAGGAUGACGAAAGGUACAUUCAACAAGGAACUGUCGAUUACAGCAGGGGAGGAGGCCUCAAGAUAUACUUUAUGAUGAUAUUUGAGUUUGUGUGGACAUACUUCCAGAUAUUCCGGGCCAAUAUGAAUGCGGAUAGAAUUAGAGCGGCGUGGGGGAAGUUGGAUCCCAAUCGAACCAUCAUCAACAAAGCGUAUUCUUAUAUGCAUAGACAGCCAGUACAAGCGAGUCAAACUACAGAAGUGCGUGAAGAACUUGAUUAAUAUGUGUGUAUAUAUAUGUUUAUGUUUAUAUUUGUAUUUGUACUUGCAUUUAUAUUUACAUUUAUGUUUAUAUUUACAUUUAUGUUUAUAUUCACAUUCGUAUUUAUGUUUAUAUUCACAUUCGUGUUUAUGUUCAUAUUCGUAUUCAUGUUCAUAUUCUUAUUCACAUUCGUAUUCAUACUCAUAUCUCAUUUAGUGCCUUGACUAAUUCGUUUAGUUGUUGCUGGUACUCUCGUGACUGUAGCAUCUCGUCUGCCUGCUGUUUCUCGUGAAACACUUUGCCAAGUUUAGUUUGCGCUUUGUGUAUGUUUUUGUUCAUCUCUAGCAGCCCAGUGUCCAACAGGUCAAUUGUAGGCUGAACAACAUUCUCGACAAAGUUGUUGCAUAGCUGUUUGACAUGUUUCUCUUCUUCUCGGUGUAUGUGAUCCUUUGACUCGAGGUACUCCUUUACCGAAUCAACGAUAUCUUGGUUUUGGUAAAUCAAUUCUUGUAAUUUCUCGCCAAGAAAGUCCUGCUUCUGAAGUUCCAUCACUAUUGCGAGUCUGCUUUCUUCGAGUUUCUUGAUGGCUGCUUCAUUGCUGUCUAUUGUGGUUGUUGCUUCAGCUGGCUGCCUGAUCAACUCUUGGUAUUCUUCUUUUGUGACUAGUUCCUGGAUUAGUUUUUCAAGACGUGCAAUGUGGUCGCCGGAUUCUGUUACUUGAGGUGUUAGUGUUUGGACUAACGUGGAAAUAGCCAGUAGAUCAUCGUAUGUCUUGUCCAUUACUGGUGGUGGUAGUAGGAGGGUGCAGUUCCGG